CGCCCCCCGCCGCGGGGAGGAGGCGGUGGCCGAGUUCCCCCCCCCGUCGGCCCCCCUCCUCCCGUGCCGUGCCGAGCCGUGCUGUGCUCCAGCCGUGCCGUGCCAGAGCCGAGCCGUGCCAGAGCUGAACCGAGCCAGAGUGAGCCGUGCCGGUCUGAACCCAAGCGUGCCGUGCCGUGCCGUGCCGAGCCUUCUCAUGGCGGCCCCCGGUCCCACGCGUGUCCCGGUCCCGGCACGGAGCCGCCGCUGAGCGCUGCGCUCCGGCUCGGCGUCCAGAGUUUCAAUGUUCUGACUUGCUCUAAGAUGAAGGUAUGGAAGUUUGCAGCCAUUGCAUCGAUGCUCCUCAGUUCCAUGUUAUCCAUUUUAGUUUGUAGAGACAUGUUCAACGGAAGCCGGACAUACAGCCCCUUGCCUUCCUCGCUGUCCUCACGGGCAUCCUCCUCAUCACUGCCGGCGGCUCCGCGGAGACCCCCCCGGGCCCUGCCACGCCACAGCUCGCUGCUCGCCCAGUGUAAGCUGCUGCGCCCGCGCCCCGGCUGCUCAACACCAGCGGAGGCUGUUUUCGGCUUGCAUGAGGCUGAGCCCAUAGACGCCACCGUGGCCUCAGACAGCAGCUUGUUCGAGAGCUACACGGAGGGGGAGAUCCGGCAGCUCAUCUCGGCACUGGUGGAGCGCUACAGCCAGGCUAUGAACUCAGGCGGCCAUGAGCUGCCGCUCUUCCCCAAGGCGGGCAACCGCAUGAAGCGCGCACGAGCUCGCCACAAACCCUGCGCCCUGAAAGAGUUGGAGGUAAGCGUCAGCGAGCUGGGCCUGGGCUAUGAGUCAGAUGAGACGGUGCUGUUCCGCUACUGCAGCGGCACCUGUGAUGCAGCCGUCAGGAACUACGACCUCUCGCUGAAGAGUGUACGCAGCAAGAGGAGGAUCAGGAAGGAGAAGGUCCGGGCUCGGCCCUGCUGCCGGCCGCUUUCCUAUGACGACGACGUCUCCUUCUUGGAUGCCUACAACCGCUACUACACCGUCAACGAGCUCUCGGCCAAGGAGUGUGGCUGUGUGUGAAGGGUCGGGGUAGCCAGGCGGAGGCGAUGCCCCAGAACCACCGGCAGCGAGGCCAAGGGGCCACGGUCUGUGGUGAGGAUGGGGAUGGGCCCUGUACCGCUGCCUGCCCCAGGGCCUCUCCCCAUUUGGGGCAGUGGCGGCUGUGGGAGGAGAAGAGACUGCGAUGCUCGUUUAUCCCCAAGCGCUGCUUCCUGGCUCACAUACACGUGUGAUGUGACUGUACAGGACUGUAAAGGAAGCUGUAAGUGCCGUCGGAGGCUGCAGUCAUUGAGGGGUGGUCUGGGGGUGCCAGUGGGUGUGCAACACAUGCGCAGGGUGUGCUGUGCAUGCAGGGCACUUCGCAAGCUUGGGGUGCGUGCACAUGGGGUGUGUUGAACACAGCGUGUCACACGUACGGGGGACAUCACCAGCUGAAGGGAAGGGGGUGCAAAGCAGGUGUGAACUGCACGGAGGUGAUGAGUCCAGGGUGCUUGGGGCGGCAGGAGCAAGAGGCUGCACUGCAGGGCUGUGCAGGUGGUGCCAUGGUGCUGGACAGGAUGUGCUACAUGCACAGUGCAUGUUACGGGGGGUGUUACGGGCACAGGGAGUGUUAAACAGCUGCGGGUGCCCUCAGGCGGGGGCUGAGCCCCACGGGCUGAAGCUGACCUGUGUGUGGGGUUCCCUGGUUUCACUGCAGCCAUGCAGGGGUCCCUACGCUGCACAGGGGUGGUCCCAUGCCCCCAGAUUCCCUGGUGUGGAGCAGAGCUGCACGGAUACCGGUUUGUGCUAUGGGGAAAGGGUCUGGCUCCGCUCCCUGUGCCCGCUUGUGCCCUCUUUGUGAUCACCUCACACUCCACAGCCUGGGCUUGUCUUUUUAAAACUCGGGAUAAUCUGAAGUAACUGGAUUAACCUCUCAACCCCUCUGCGGGCAGUGGGGCUGGAGAUGUGCCACCACCAGGGAGGGGACAAAGCACCACGAGGCCACUGGCAAAGCUGGGUUGGCAGCGUGGCUGGGAGCACCCAUGGUUUGGGAUCCCCCGAAAGCCAGACUGGCCCUGCCAGAUGCAGCACGGGUGUAAUUCCCAUCGCCUUGCAGGGCGGUGGGGCUCGAAUUGUGCGCGGGAGAAGGCUCAGGCCUGGGCUUUGGCUACGGUUCGCAUUUACAGCAGUGUCACUCUUGUUUACUCUGCGGAGAAAUAAAUGAGACCGCAGACUUUUGCAUUCUCUGGGCAGGCUAAAUUUGUUGCCUGGGAUUGAUGGGUUUUCUCCCCUUGGCCUUCUUCCCAGAAAAAGCAAAUCAUAAACAGACGAGAAUAUUGGUGUCAUGUCCUGGGCAUUAACCACCGCGAGUGAAAACGCUCUGCUCAUAGCCCUGAUGGCAGUGGUGGCCCCGCUCCCAGCCCAGCUGUGUGAUGGAGCAGGGAGCAGUUGUGCUGCUCCAGGGGCUAUGUGGGAUUUUGGGGUGCAGACCCGGGACACGGCAGCCCCCCCCUGACAGGGCAGGCAGCGGGAGGCUGGGGGGGGCGGCAGCGGCCUGACCCCUGCACGGGGCCGGGCUGGCUUUGUGCUUUCCAUCCAGCGGCCGCUCUUGGCUGAGCGGAGCCAGGAUGUAGCGACGCAAUGUAAACACCAUCCUUCAGCAGGGCUGGCCAUGCACCCAGCGUCCCCGUGAAAGCAGCCUGCAUUCUGUAACGCUGAGUUUUCCCCCUCACCACUGGGAAAAGGAGACGGUGCCGCGGGCAUGGGGUGCGAAGCCUGUCUGUGGGGCACUGGCACGGGUGGAUGCACCCUGGGACACAAAGGCUGCUGAGAUGGCAAAAGCUGUGUGACAUUGCAGGUGCGCGGAGCUGGCUGCUCACAAAAUGCUUUUGCAAAGUGCUGCAGCACCGUGAGGGCUGCAUGGGAGGGGAAUGAGAAAGAUGCCCCCCAAAAUAAGCAGCCAGGGGCUGUGCAGUAGGAGUAGAAUGGAGGCAGCGGAGGGGCACUAUCAGUGUGGUUGCUCAUGGCAGAUAAGCGGCUCACUCCUGACUGAAAAAAAAUAAAAUACACCCAAAUCUAAUAAUAAUAACGGCACUCUCAAGGGCUUGGGUGCUUUCCAGUUCUUACUACUAUAAAACUAAAAUUAGUUUUGUUGCAGAAGCCUCCAGUUAAAAAAAAAAAGUCAGGAACUCGAGCGCUAAAGGAAGGGAAGGUGCUGCAGCAGCAGUGCAGCACCGGGCCCCAUGUAAGGAGGGUUUGCAGCUGGGUUCUCUGCAGCUGCCCCUGCCUGCAUUAUCCUGAGCCCAGGGAGGUGCUUGUGGGAUUUCAUAGCUGCUGCAUUGCCCAAGUGUCUGUUUACAGCCUGUUUGUGGGAAGUUUUGAGAAAUAUCAGAGGGUUUUAGGGUGCUGCAAUGUGCAAGAGCUCAGCAGUGCCUGCUGAGAGCAGACCUGGCAUGAGGUAUGAGGCCAAAGGUCCCAUCCUCAUGCUCGCCCCUGGCUGGGAGCAGUGCGGAGGUGAGGAGGCUCGGGCACCCCAGCCCCUCCAGCUGCAAAACCCUCCCUGGCGCACCCAUGCAUGGCACAUGUCCAGCUUGCAACCCCAAAAGUUCGGGCCCAUGAGGGAAAACCCAAUGCACUGCGUGCACGCUGCAAAUCAAUGCAAAAAACUGUGCUGAAUCUUUAUCUCCCUCCCCCCCCACCGCCCUUGUCUUUUUCACCCCAUCAGCAUCCCGCCUGCGCAGAGGAGCAGGGGAAGUGGCUGACAUUCACUGCUGACGGUGCAGCGGCCGAGUGCGCUGAGUGCGGGGUUUUUGGAGUGCAGCUGGGCUGCAGCUGGGCUUCACAGCCACACGACUCCUGGAGAAGUACCGGGGCUGAGCGCACCCGUUGCAGCUGUCGCCUGAGGGUGGUUUUGGCUUGCGUGUCGCUGUCGUGCGUAUUGCUUGGGGCUGUCCUCUUGGUGACACUGAGUCCCCCUGUGCCGCUGCAGGAGCAUCACCCAGCCCGCAUAGUCCUGUGCUGUGCCGCUGCUGCCUGGGCAGGGAAAUGUGGUUCCAAUAGAAAUACUGAUAUUUCCCUAAUGCUUUCCAUUUCUAUGGCCCUCUCUGCUGUAAUAGGAGCUGGAGCUGUCUGUAAGAAUGUCUACAAUGCAGAAAAGGCAAAAGGAUGGAAAAUUCCCUCCUCAGAGCUACAGCGAAACCUCGUCUGGCUCCGUUCCUUGUCAUCCCAUGCAUUACUUAUUGUUAAUAAUAACAAUGGUGUGUCACAUCUGUUGGGGGGUGGUUUUAGGAUUUUUGUGUGUCUCUCCUUGCAGCUUGCCUAUCCACUGCUGCAGCCUUGCUUCAGCAUCACCCACAAGGGCAGGAGGCAAGGGUGUUUCGCAGCGUUUGAAAACUCAGGAGGUUUGGAAACACAACGAGAUGUUUAAAACUAUUCUGGUGGUUGUGACAACGCAAAAUAUGAGUGUUAUGUUAUCCCGGCUCUCCAACAAUGAGUUAUGGGACGUUUCAUUGUGUUUUACUAUACACAUCUCUAUACGAACGCGCCUGUGUUUGUGUAAUGCUGGCCGGUGCCGGAGGCGCGCGAGGCGCAGCAGCGCUGGCUCUGGCUCGGCUCCGCCUGUCACUUGCAUCAGUCGGGAUCCCAUUUGCUGACAACGGGCUCACUCCCGAUUUGGUAUCUGUGAGGGGGAAAUGGGCCUAACAUCAUUGUUUCCACUCGAUGAAAGCACUGGCAAACGUCGUGUUCCUUAUUUAAACAGGUCCAGAAACUUGCUGGGAAGAAAUCAUUUUUCCCAGUUUAUCAAGACAAAUUAUUUUUCGUUGGUAUUCAAAACCUCAGCCUUCUUCUCUCAAUAAAUAGGGCUACCACAUGUUUUUGUUCUUGGUUAAACAAGGCGUAGCCUCAAACUUGAGGCCCAAGAAGAGGAAAAAAAAAAGGAAAAAAGGGGAAAAAAAAAAGCAGAGGUUUGGCAGCUGCAGGUAGGAGCAGGGUGGGCACGAGUGGAGGCAGCCCCGUCUCCAUGACUCUGCUCGGCACUGUCUGCGUAAAUCCAUUUCCCUUCUGGUAUUGUUGGGUCUGACCGACCAUCUGCAGAAGUUGAUGCAAUGCAUCUAUAUUUUAGAUACGCUCUAUUUAUUCAAAGUAACUUAUGUUAUUUAUUUAGAUACCAUAGUGUGCCAUCUACGUAAUGCGUUCUUUCUCUCUCUUUUUUUUUUUAUUAAUAUUUUAUUUAUUGAUCCAAAUGGUGCCAAGUGCAGUUUACAUUUAUUACAUUUUUACCAUUUAUUCUAAACAAUGGGAAAAAGUACAGUAUGAUUUUUUUUAAACAAACAUAAACUCGGGUGUGAUGCUGUUACAUACUCAUGGUAAAGUGAAAAUAAAAGGAGAAUUACA